AUGCCCACUGGUAAGGGGUUCGCUAUAAAUUCGGAUCUUAACCUUCGUGAGGCGUUACUGGAUGGAUAUGAGCGCCAUAUACGCCGCGCCAACCACGAGUCUGCUGCAGACGCUAAGCGGCUACGGCGCACUCUGCCGACUCUGAGAGUGGUAGCCAUUACCAACGAUACGGUUGGGACGCUGGCGUCUCUUGCAUACUCGGUACCAUCUCUCCCCAACAGUAAGGCAGUAAUGGGCCUCAUUGUCGGCUCAGGAUGCAACGCUACCAUUUUAAUGAGCAUGGAUGCGCUGAACGAGAAGAAGACUCUGCCAGUUAGAGCUAAUCAGCCUGACGCUUCUGAGGUUCUUGUCAGCACAGAAUGGACUCUCCGCGACUCCUCUCGCCCCUUACUGGAACUUAGAAUUGCCUCGGACUGGGAUAAUACACUUACCAUGAGAAGCAGUCGACCUGGUUUUCAGCCCCUAGAGUAUAUGGUCGGUGGCCGAUAUAUAGGCGAAUUAGUCCGUAUCAUUGCCCAUGAUUAUUUCAAAACCGUUUGCGGGAUACCCGAUGAAGCACUUCCUGUGGCAAUAAUCGAGCCCUACCGGCUUACAACCGACUUACUUUCCUUAACCAUUGCCUCUGUCUCCCUGACCAAGAAGGACCUUGCCUCUGAGCUUCAAACUAAACUACCCCCUCAUCAGUCAACAGCCGAAUGGACAUGGACUGAAGAAAGUGCAGGAAUAUUACGCACUAUUGCAGCCACAGUGCAGAACCGUUCUGCUGCCAUAGCAGCCGCUGCCACCACAGGACUGCUUGCAUGUACAGGGCACAUCCACCUACGUAGCCUUGAAGAGCUAGCCUCCGCUGCUCCCACACCUACAAAGGAGGCUACCUCCUUCUUACAACCCAGCGACCUUCGAAGCCCUGAGGAGCUGGUUGUUGGAUUUUCGGGUGGUGUGAUACAGCAUUAUCCAAUGUACAAGCAGCAUGUGCAGAGAUAUAUUGAUCAGGUAUUGCUGCGCGGUGGGCCGCAGGAUGGAGGGAAGAGUAUUUUCUUACGGGAGGCUAGUGAUGGCGGCGUAAUUGGAGUGGGUGUUCUGGCUGGAACGACCAAGGGGAGGAUUGAAACUAUUACAGGAGCAGGCAUGAAGUCUGUGGAGCAUAAAAAUGACCCUCAAUCAUGA